AUGUCCGGAUUCGAAGUCGUAGGGGUGGUACUGGACGGGAUCCCGCUGAUAAUUGCAGUGCUCGAGGAUUGGAAGAAGGUAGCCGAGAUGGGUCGCACAUGGCGCGGAUACCGAAACGAGUUACAGACCCUCGUCGAAGAACUGGGCACCGAGCAGGACUUAUACAAGACGACAUGCGAAAAGCUCCUCACCGGCAUAGUGAGCCAGAAAGAGCUGCAUGACAUAAUGACGAACCCGAAAUCGCACCUGUGGAAACAGGAUCGAGUCGAGUCGAAGCUCCGCCAAACGCUGUGGUAUUCAUAUGACAGCUUCAACAACACCGUGAGAGACAUGAGUCUCGUGGUGGAGGAGUUCAAGUCGCGCCUCGGUGGUACCACGGACGGAAAGCUAGACUGCCGGACCCCUGAGUCAUCUCGCCCUGGCGAUGACUAUGUCGAGAGUCUAAAGUUUCGGUUGGCCUUAUUCAAUACCAAUCCUCCUUCCCGUGGAAAUGGGUGGAUCUGGGAUGAGGUUGUUGUGUGUAUUGCCAGCAAAACUUCUACUGUCGUUCCUGACAAGACGCAGGAUGUCAAACAUCCAAAGUUACAGAAGCGGCAGAAGUUAAAGAAGAAGGUGAGAUUUGCAGGCGCCUCAGCUGUUCUUGCGAGCAUAUUCGCACCCGCUCCCGGAAGUCCUGCAGCAGACACUACUACGUCAGUGACCCACGACCUCUGUUCCAUCAUCACGCAAAACCAGAACAAGCUGCCCGCCUGCAAGUCCUAUGGCCAUCUUGUAGACUCUAACACCUCUUCGAGUGAUAGCUUUGAGGUGUCCCCGGUCGAAUUCCAGCCCGGUUGCCGGACAUGGACGAUGGUAUCGCUCCACGAAAUACUACAGGACAAAGGCAACCAUUUCCCGAAGCUGACGUUCCGACACAAGACAAAACUGGCCGUUUUGAUCGCCUCUAGCAUGAUGCAACUGCACAAGUCACCCUGGGUGCCGGGCCAUCUCACCAGCCGCGACAUCUUGUUCAUUCGAGGAGACGAUACGAUGUACGACGCGACAUAUACAAGCCGGAUGCUUGCACCACGGGGUCAGGCACUGACGACACCGCAUCCUGACACCCCGAACUCGGAUAUCGAGAGCGCCGACCUGUUUGCUCUGGGUGUAUUGCUUUUGGAACUGGCCCUUGCUACACCACUAGACGUACUACGCUCUCAGAUGCAGCAGCAACAGCAGCAACAGGCGCAUCGGUCGGAACGGAAAAUAGUACUGGAGCAUCUGAACGAUGUCGGCGACGAGUUUGGGCCGAACUAUGCGGCAAUC